GAGGGAGUACAUUAGUAUUUGGUGGGUGGGGUGGGGUAAUGGGCAAAGCCCUCCUCUCCUCAUCUGUUGAUGAGACCAAUUGACUAUUUCUUCCAAAUCUCUCUCCCAUUUUCUACGCUCUCAAACUUUCUUCACUUCAUUUUUCCCAUAUCUGACGCCCUUCUCUUCUACCAAUGCUCUCCACCUUCAUUUUCCAUCUUCUGGAUGGAUGCAAACACAGAUUCCGUUUCACCAGAACUUUCUGAUUCUUCUGUUCUUGGCCACAUGAGUAACCUUUUGGCUGUUGGCCAAACUGGACUUGCUCCUUCAUGUGCUUUAUGUCAUAGAUUGUUGGUAUUAGAUAACGAGGGUGAGUUUGAAUCAAUAAAUAUAUGUGGUGACUGUAAAUUCUUACUCCUUGAGGAUCUUGGGACACCUAUGCGGGAUCAUCAAAGGGUGACACCUGUAUCAAGAAGAAGAUUGUACAGCAGUUCUGAGUCAAUUGAGAAUCUGUUUUCUCAACACUUCUCGCAAAUGAUUAAUCUGGCAAGGCAAAACCCAGCCAACGGUCUAGAGCAUGAUAAUCAAUCAAUAGAAGAAGAUGCUGGGUUAAGGUCAGUGCAGCGCACCAGUUCCCGGACUACUCCAAGUGGGUGGAGGAGGGUUCAUUCUGACACUGAAAGUGAUGGUGUUGAUUCUCUAUUUGGGGAGACUGAAUCAAACUUUACCUUCAGCGGAUAUAGGAACUUUAAUAGUGAAAUUGAGUCCAUUUCUUAUAGCGCUUAUGGAGGGAACUCUGAUGCUUCUGUUGAUGGUAAUAGUUACCUUGAUAAUGACCAUUCUGCUCACUCAGAUGAAGGAAGUGACUUUGAAACUGAUACCGAUAUUGACCCAAUGAAUGCUGGUAUGUAUCACUGGAAUUCUGAUAAUGAGGAAGAAGAUGAUGAAUGGGAGGAGGUUGAUACUGAUGCAGUACACUCUCUGGGUGCUAGAUCUCAACUUCAAAGGUCAUUACACCUAAAUGAAAGCAGUCGCACUGGAAAUAGGCACAGACAGUUUCAUUCUCCUGAAUUUCAGGGUACAGUUCGUUUCAGAAUUCAUGAGGGCAGUCAAAGACAUGUUACUGACACGUCAGCCAACUCACAGGAGUUGGAACAACGAACUGAUGCCAGUGACUAUCUUGAUGCUAGAACGUUUGAGGAGUUAUUAGAGCAUCUCGCUGAAACAGAUGGUUUAAGAAGAGGAGCACCACCUGCAGCUAUCUCUGUUUUAAAUAAUCUGCCACGUUUGGUUGUUAAAGAAGAUCACGAACAGCUUGACAGUUUGUCUUGUGCAAUCUGCAAGGAUUCUCUUUUUGUUGGCACAGUUGUAAACCGACUUCCUUGUUCUCACUUGUAUCACCCCUCCUGUAUUUUGCCUUGGCUAGCGUCAAGAAACUCGUGCCCCCUCUGCCGCUAUGAACUUCCAACUGAUGACCUGGACUAUGAGUACAGAAAGCAGAGGGCCAGUAGUAAUUUGGUCAUUCAUCGAACCCCACAGCAUGAAAUAAAUGAAGAUGGAUCUUCGGAUAGCAGUGACGGUGAAAAUGAUGAAUUUGGUCAUGGUAUAACAGAAUCAGGGGAAGUGAUCCAUAGUGAGGCUGUCAAUGAACAAUCUGGUAGUGAGGGUGCACGAGGAAGAUGGUUUUUUCAAGCUGCUGCUCCUGUUGUUGGUGUUGUUGGAGUUGUUCUGAUGUUGUGGUUAGCAAACCCUAUUUUCUGUUCACAAGGGCGACGUACAAAUCAACCUUUGCCCUGUCAGCAGGUUAAUAACCGAGGCAGGAGAUGGUCUCUGUUUUAACUUUUUUAUUUUUUUUUAUUUGUCUGUUCUAACAUGUUUCUGAUCAUCAGAUUGGUAAAGCUUAGAAAAAAUCGGUUAAAAAACCUAUUCGAGGCACCAUUUAGGUCCUAUGGUGUGAACACACCUGUUUGUAUUUAGAUUUUGCCAACUUAUCAAGUAUCGAUUAAUGUGGAAGCUCACUCUGCUCUUGGAUAAAUCAGGGCAGCUUAGGUGACCUCGAUUGACAUGUUAAUGUAUAUGUACUAGUAGUUGAUUUGCUUUUAA